GGGAUGAGCACUGACUUGACUGCGGAACGUGCACUUCACCUUUGGUUGGAAGGUUAUAUAUGUUCUCUUAGGCCAAGGGUGGCAUAACCUGAAAGAACAAUGCACGUUAGGCCAGAUAGGCCUCUGGUCGUCAAGUGCGCCUUCGACAGAUGGAACAAGCGGAUAAGCUUUGCUUCCGCCAGGAACUGUUCAUACGAGCUGCUGAGGAACAGAGUUGAGCAAUGCUUCUCGCUUUAUGCGACUUCAUAUGUGAUCGCAUACAAGGACGAUGACGGCGAAAUUACCGACAUCACCACAGAAUCCGAUCUCACAGAAGCCAUACAAUACUUUCAGGCUGGGUCUGACGAUCCUCCACUUUCCUCUGCAGCAUCAAUUCUGUCUGGCCGCAGCUUCGGAAGUCGACGAAUCACACUACGUGUUCACAUUACCGUCGAUUAUGAUGGCCCGAGCUUAAGCGACACAUCGAGUCUCGCCAGUAUGGAAGAAUAUAAAGGUCGCAACAGGAGCGAAGGCGAAUUAAGCUGGUCCAUCGGAGCAGGGGAAGUUGAUGAUGAUUCAGUGACAGUGAGCUCGAGAGAUACCAACUGGCGCUUCGCAAACGGAUCAACAAUGCAUCCUAUAACAUCACGUUCAAAUGACUGGGUAAAACACGAAGACCCGCCAUCUAUACCCGAAAACAGUGUUACCGGUCGCUCGACAUCCCAAAGAGGUUCGACAGCGGUGGAAGAUCAGACAAUGCAUGAUGAGGGUCCAUUCGCAGACCACCACCAAUUCUUUGCUGAAGAACGCUUCCUAGAAGGCUCUACAUCUGUAUUUGAGCGGCUCAAGCUCCAGGAGGGCGCUGAUGCGUCAGCAUCUGACGUGUCCCCUUCGCAUCGGUCACGCUCUCCUACACCGGUUGACAUAGCAUUGGCUCGCUCUGCUCAAGACAGAGGAGCAGCGUGGCUGCGUGAUCAAAAUGCGCGCACAAUAAAAGCCAUGCUCGGGGCAACACCUGAGCCCUCGGAAUCCGAUUCGAGGUCAAUAUCAUUAACAUAUUCCGACGAACAUAUUCCAUCCAACGACAUGGAUGGUGAUCUUGCGCUGGAACGAGAUCCUCGCGGAAAAUACUACUACUCUUAUACUGGUGCGAGUUCUACGACACAUGAUUCGGGUUACGAGGACAAUUUAAGUGUCAAGUAUGACGUCGAUCCCUUUGGUGGUUCACCCCCGCGGCCAAACAGUAUGCAGCUCACAUGGAUUGCUUCGCAGCAAAAACUGGCGGAUAAUGAUCAUUCCAAUGAUACUUCUGAUUCAUACAAGCGUUCUUACCCACGCUCCUCCACUUCUGACCCAGUUCCCUACUCCAUCGCUCCCGACAUUCCACCAGAGGUGCUCCAGUUUGUUGCACCCGCGGGACCUCCUCCAGGCUUGCUCACUACUUGUUCAGACUGUGGAGUUAUGUUAGAUGGCAUCCGUUAUGUCUGUGCCGUGUGUGGCGAGAAAGAGCCUCGGGCAAGCAUCGUGCUUCGUGGCGGCUCGGACUCUGAUCUAGGCAAAGGAAAGGCUAAAGAUCUGGACCCAAUCCAUUCAUAUCCCCCUCCCCCUCAUCACACACCUCUAUCGUCAUCACCCUCCCCAUCCACGUUCUUCGACGUUGUCACGUUGAGUGGGUCGCAACAGGCGCGCGGUGAACACAUACAUAAUAAACCACUCCCUUCCUUACCUGGUUCCUCUUCAUCAAGCCCGACGUUGUAUAGUGCACGAUCAGGCUUCAGAUCUCCCCACGGGUCCGAAUCAUCUACUAUGGGCUUUGAACUGUGCUCGGGGUGUAUCGAAUCCGCUGGCAUAUUUCAUGCACUCUGUGCAAGCACAGAGCGGCGGAAUGGAUCAGGCGCAGAAUCCACAUCUCCAGAAGAUGACUUGUCUUCAUGGAGUCGUUCCGCCCCCAGACAAAAAGGCCAGCUCAGACAUGCUUAUUUUGAAAAGGUAUGGGGCCAUCAUGGAUGGGAAGACGUGGAGCAAGAUGAUAUGCAUGUCUGUAAAUGUUCGACAUGCAAUUCAGCGAUCGUGAACCAGCGGUAUAAAUGUGCAUCGUGUCAGAAAUUCAAUUUAUGUCGAGCGUGCUACAGCCAAGUCCACGAUAUACACCCUUCACAUGCAUUCCUUGUAGUCACGGAGAAGCCCUUAAGGUCUAGAAGUGAACCAGAAUAUGCAUGUGCUCUGCCAAUGAUAAUGUCAAACGACAACAAUGAGGAACGAUCCAUGAAACAUCCCGGCGUCAAGUGUGCACAUUGUUUACAAGACAUCCUUGGCGCCCGAUUCCACUGCGCAAUCUGCAACUCUGUCGACAUUUGCUCUAAUUGCGAGUCUGCAGGACUCCCGGGCAACUUGGACUCCUCAGACGGGGGGCACAUAUCCUCGCAUAUCAUGAUCAAGAUUCCCUUUCCACUUGAAACAACAGAAGUGCAAACAGCCAGCCGCCGUGCCAUCCAUCUAUGGACGGGCAGGGACGCAGCGCAUGUUUUGACAGCGCCCCACUCGAAACCAGGCUCUAUAUACUCUUCAUAUGCUCAGACUGUUGUUGGCUCGAGACACGCUCGAAGUGAGCUCAGUGGCGAAUCGCCGAAUCACCAUCUGCCCUGCAAGGGCUGCAACCAGACGAUAAUUGGUACACGAUAUCAAUGUGCUACAUGUCCCUCUUCUCCCACAUCGUAUAGCUUGUGUCAAUCAUGCGAGCGGAGGUCGUAUGCUAUCCAUGACCCAAUGCACUCGUUUUUCAAGAUACCGAGACCUGUACAUGUACAACUCGAGUCGCCAACUGCAUUCCUUCCCAAUCUGUACAAGGUUCCAGCAGGUCCUGUUGGUGGCCUUGCGCCCAAUGCAGAUCCACAAGAGUAUCUCUAUCAUUUAGUCCACUCCACAGCGCUCUGCGAUCGCUGUAUGGAGCGCAUUCAAGGAGCAUGGUACCGUUGCGCAUAUUGCGCGAAAGACCUUUGCGGAGAAUGCGAAUCUCUUGACACUCACGACGGGACUCACAUAUUUGUUGUAUUCAAGGCACCUGUCGACAUGGUUCACUUCCGGCGAUUCGCAAACCUGGAAAACCCCAACGACAGUCCGCCUAUUAUUCUUUCCCCAGUGUACUGCUAGAUGUAUACUGAGAUAUUUUCGAUGUUCUACACAUCUGAGGUAGUCAAACAAUUUCGUACCUACUCCCACCCUGUCUUCAUGUAAUGUAAUACAAGCAUCUUGGAGCGCCAAAGCUCCCAAUAAGGAUGGACAAAGUUGCACAGAAAGUGCAGUACGCUUAUUAUAAGACUAACUCUUCUUAAAGCCUGGAUGGGAAAAGGACUAUGUUAGCAGCUGACAGUAAGCUUUU